ACACAUGCUUCAAAUAUAUUUACUUCAUGACUUCUAAUGGGCAAAAUGUCAGUGAGUGCAUUUUUGCCUUUCUUGCCGAUAAAAUUUUCUCAGAAAUGAGCCACAGAAGUGUGUAAUUCUUGGAGUCAAAGGUCUGAAUUAACACAUGCCAGCAUAAGACUUAAUGAUGUGUGGUCAUUUUUUUAAAAAGGCAAGAAAUACCUGAGAACCUCCUCUGUCCCAAUUCUCUGGUUCAUUAAAGGCUCACUAUAAGUAACUGAAAUGCUUUCCUUGGGAGGAUUUAUUUGAAUCAGUCUUUCACAUACAAAGGAUAUUGUAGGAGAAAACUCCCCACAUGUUGUUAAAAGCAUCCUGAUUUUGCUGGCAGGAAUAUGAACAUCUGUUGUAAGGAAAGAAAAACUUCCAUCCAGAUUACACAGGCAAAGAAGAGUAGGGAUGUUCAAGUUGAGAAACCAGUGAGUGACAUUUCUUGUAACUGUACUAUGAGUCAGCACAUUUUUAAUCUUCCUGAUAAUAUAUGGCAAUGUAGUGAGGUAAGAGAGAGCGGUGUUCAUUUGACGUAUGCAUUAUUUUAUUUUCGAGUGUGUGUGUGCAUGACUUCAUGGCAUUGACAUUUCUGUCUUUUAAAUGAGGAUAACAGUAAAUUGUAGUCCAUGGAUGGCUGACUGGAAUCUCAUACCCGUAGCUUUAGAAAGCAGUCUCCGCCCAGCGAAGAGUGCAGAGCGAUGGAACCCCAUGUUCCUGGAAGUUUGCACAUCAGAGUAAACAAACUUGAAAACCCCUCUUGAUAGCAGAAUUCACCCAGCCUUGUUCCAUUUUCUCUUAACAAAACACACCGCAAAAGCUCUCACAAGCUGCUUUGAUGAAGCCACAUGUAUUUCCCCCUUCACAAUUUACAGGAAGUUACUCUUAAAAGAAAGUGAUUCUGGUGUUUACUGCCUGUGUUAAAGGGACAGAGUUCCUUUUUGUUUCUGAUAACGUUUGAGUGAAAUACAGAAACGAUUUAUAGACUAUCAUAGUCAGUAUGUGACUAGGAACAAAGCAAUAACCUGCUGUCCGGUUAGAGCAAAAUUUCUGCUAUGAACAGUGCCCUACUACGCGAGGACUGCAAGUUGCAAAUAACCAGAUCUAUUCCAGAGGGGAGCUUCACCACUUCAUCGAUGGCUUCAAUGAGGAGAAAAGCAACUGGAUGCGCUAUGUGAAUCCGGCGCACUCUGCCCGGGAGCAAAAUCUGGCUGCGUGUCAGAACGGGAUGAACAUCUACUUCUACACCAUUAAGCCCAUCCCUGCCAACCAGGAGCUUCUUGUGUGGUAUUGUCGGGACUUUGCAGAAAGGCUUCACUACCCUUAUCCCGGAGAGCUGACAAUGAUGAAUCUCACACAAACACAGAGCCAUCCAAAGCAGCCGAGCACCGAGAAAAAUGAACUGUGCCCCAAGAAUGUCCCAAAGAGAGAGUACAGCGUGAAGGAGAUCCUGAAACUGGACUCGAACCCCUCCAAAGGAAAGGACUGCUACCGCUCCAACAUUUCCCCCCUCGCCCCAGAAAAGGACGCGGACGACUUCCGAAAAAACGGGAGCCCCGAAAUGCCCUUCUACCCUCGGGUCGUUUACCCGCUCCGGGCCCCUCUGCCGGAGAACUUUUUGAAAGCCUAUGGGAUGGACAGGCCGACCUACAUCACUCACUCCCCCAUCCCGUCCUCCACGACCCCGAGUCCCUCGGCGAGAAGCAGCCCCGACCAAAGCCUCAAAAGCUGCAGCCCGCACAGCAGCCCGGGGAACACGGUGUCGCCCCUGGCGCCCUGCCCUCCGGAACACCGGGACUCGUACGCCUACUUGAACGCCCCCUACGGCCCGGAAGGCUUGGGCUCCUACCCGGGGUACGCGCCAGCCCCGCACCUGCCCCCGGCCUUCAUCCCCUCCUACAACGCCCACUACUCCAAGUACCUUCUGCCCCCCUACGGCGUGAAUUGCAACGGCCUGGGCGCCAUGGGCAACAUGGGCGGCGUGGGCAACCUGGGCCUCUUCCCCCGGCUCUACCCCGUCUACAGCAGCCUCCUGGGCGGCGGCAGCCUGCCGCACCCCCUGCUCAGCCCGGCCUCCCUGCCCAGCUCGCUGCCCUCGGACGGAGCCCGCAGGCCGCUGCAGCCCGACCACGCGCGCGAGGUGCUCGUCCCGGCGCCGCACAGUGCCUUCUCCCUCCCCGGGGCGGCCGCCAGCAUGAAGGACAGGGCGAGCAGCCCCACCAGCGGGUCGCCCACGGCGGGCACGGCCGCCUCGGCAGAGCACGUGGUGCAGCCCAAAGCUACCUCAGCGGCGCUGGCGGCCCCCGGCAGUGACGAAGCCAUGAAUCUCAUUAAAAACAAAAGAAAUAUGACGGGCUACAAGACGCUGCCCUACCCCCUUAAAAAGCAGAACGGCAAGAUUAAAUAUGAAUGCAACGUUUGCGCCAAGACGUUCGGCCAGCUCUCCAACCUGAAGGUCCACCUCAGAGUGCACAGCGGAGAACGGCCUUUCAAAUGCCAGACUUGCAACAAGGGCUUUACUCAGCUGGCCCACCUGCAGAAACACUACCUGGUACACACGGGAGAGAAGCCACACGAAUGCCAGGUUUGCCACAAGCGAUUUAGCAGCACCAGCAAUCUCAAGACCCACCUGCGACUCCACUCUGGAGAGAAGCCGUACCAGUGCAAGGUGUGCCCUGCCAAGUUCACCCAGUUUGUGCACCUGAAACUCCACAAGCGCCUACACACACGGGAGCGGCCCCACAAGUGUGCCCACUGCCACAAGAGCUACAUCCAUCUCUGCAGCCUCAAGGUCCACCUGAAGGGGAACUGUCCUGUGGCCCCGGCCACGGGGAUUCCUUUGGAGGACCUGACCCGGAUCAACGAAGAAAUCGAGAAGUUUGACAUCAGUGACAACGCCGACCGGCUCGAGGACGUGGAGGACAACAUCGAUGUGACCUCUGUGGUGGAGAAAGAAAUUCUGGCCAUGGUCAGGAAAGAGAAAGAAGAGACUGGCCUGAAAGUGUCUUUGCAAAGAAACAUGGGGAAUGGACUCCUCUCAGGGUGUAGCCUUUAUGAGUCAUCAGACCCGUCCCUCAUGAAGUUGGCUCACAGCAACCCACUACCUCUGGGGCCUGUAAAGGUCAAACAGGAAACAGUAGAACCAAUGGAUCCUUAAGAUUUUCAGAAAACAACAAGUGUUUUGUUUUGUUUCGUAACUUAUGACUUGGCAAGUCAGGGUGCCUGUAGCAGAUGCUUGUACAUAAUUCCAGUGCUGCAAAGCUCUCCUGACGGCAGAUGGUUUCCCCUCACCUCUCUGGAAUAAAAGAAGGAACUCCAAAGUUACGGAAAUCUCAGGGCAUAAAUGAGGCAAAGACAAUAUAUAUAUACAUAUUAUAUAUACUUAUUUACACCCCAUCUAUAUAUUUGAACCUGUGUAUUUUGACUAUUUGUGUGGAUAUGUUUGCAUAGCCUUCCCAUUGCUAAGACUAUUGCCUAGCCAUAAUUAUUUUUUCAAUGAUAAUCCUUCAUAAUUUAUUAUACAGUUUAUCGUUCAAAAAGCAAUAAUUAAAAAAGUUUACAAUGACUGGAAAAAUUCCUUGUAAUUUGAGUUAUAAAUGUUAGAGUUUUGUCUUGUGGCCAUUCUUUGUAGAUAAUUUCUGCACAUCCGUCUAAGUACUUAAGAUUUGGUAAAGAAAUACAUUACUUCAGUUGACCUCCCUCUGUGAUAACAGUUUGAAAACGAGGUUUGGUAUUGCCAAAGUUAGACAGUUGAUGUGUUAAUUCAUAAGAUCUGUCAUUUGAACAGCAUUGUAUACCUUGGGGGGAACGUGUGCAGAAUUACCCAACAAUAACUUAGAAGAAACAAGAAAGGGAAUCUUGUGUGCUUCCGUAGGUAGUUCAGAUUUUUUUUUUCUUCCCUAGCCAGGGAUUUACCAGAAAGGAGACAAGGCUUUGCCGACCCGUCUCCCUCUCCAAAAUGCAGGGACACCCCACCCCAAAGUCAUGUGACCAUUCAGAGUGGUCACAUGACUUCUGCAUCCCAGUGUAUUAUCUGAAAAUGUGAAGAAGACAAAAUGCCAUGUUUCAAACCACUGCAAAAUGUUCCCAAAGCACAGGUGGUUUCGUAUGUUUGAGGUUUGGGGGCUUGAGUCUGGGUGUUGUUACUGGGUUUUUUGUUGUUGUUAUGUCAAAAUUGCACAAACAUGGUGCUCUACCAGGAAGGAUUUGAGGUAGAUAGGCUCAGGCCACACUUAAAAAACAAAAACCGAAAAACGGGUAUUCUUGUUGUCUUAGGGUAAAAGCAGGCAAUGCAUGUUCCCAGUCCCAACACAUCAAUUGUAUUUUUUUUUCUGUAAAACUCAGAUUUUCCUCAGUAUUUGUCUUUUUACAUUUUAUGGUUAAUUUAAGGUGAAAGGGCAUUGCAAAGUUGUUCACAACAAUUACCUCAUUGAGUGUGUCCAGUAGUGCAGGAAAGGAUGUCUUAUCUAAUGAUUUGCUACUCUAGAGGAGAAACUAAGUGUGCUCCAGAAAGAUAGAAUGUGUGCCAUUCUGUCUUUUACUCUGCUAAGCCCAAAGAUUACAUGUCAGCAUUCAAGGUGUAGCAAAGAAUGAUGUAUAUUUAUAAAUCUAUUUAUACCACUAUACCAUGUGUAUAUAUAAUAUAUUUAUAACCACUUAAAUUGUGAGCCAAACCAUGUAAAAGAACCUACGCUUCCUAAGGGCAAAAAAGAAAAAAAAAAAACACAAAACAAUCCUUUCUAAGAUUUUGCUUCACACAUGACCUCACAAUCACAUUGGUGAGCUUGGGCACCCCCUCGCCAUUGGAAGAGACCUGAAAACCUUGGUGCAAAGGCGGGGGACUGCAUAACAACCAAGGAGAGAGAGUCCUCAUUUUUCACCAAUAAGGACAAUCUAAGAUGGCUUUAUUUUUGUUUGGCCACGUUAUGAGUCCGGUCACACCCAAGUCACAGAAAUAGUCCCAUUACUCCCUUUACCACUGUUAACUUUUCUCUCUUCAUUUCCUUCCUUCCUAAAUAACUGAUGCAUCACUAAUCAACCUGGUUUAUAUAUUCAACCUUUUAUUGAUGGCAACUAAUGACAACCUGCAGAAAAGAACAACAAAUUUAGGAUAAUCCAGGGAAACCUAAGAGCCUUACUGAUCUGUUCCUAUAAGUAGCAAAACUGACAAUUUCUUUAUGGAUCAGGGUUUGACAAACACAGUCCUUAACUGUAGGUAAACCAAAGCAUCACACUCUGACAUUGACACCAAAUACUUCCUAUUCUGCUCCUUUGUUCUUUUCCCUUUUGUGCUUUCUUAUUUGUGGGAAUUUUUACCAAGACCUAUGUGGCUUGCGACUUCUUGAUUCUCUUUACCAUUUGACUUCCCCUCGUAGGCCUCUUACAUGUGAAUGUUGAGCCCACAAUCAACAGUGGUUUUAUUUUUUUUCCUCUAAUCAAAGUUAAAACUGACCAAAGUUAUUGGCUUUUUACUUUGCUAGAACAACCAACUAUCUUAUGUUUACGUACUGGUUUACAUUGUUAUUUAUGUGCAAAUUGUCAAAAUGUAAAUUAAAUAUAAAUGUUCAUGCUUUA